GUCACGACUCUCUUAUAUAAAUAUGCACUCUACAAAGAACUUCCCUUUUAGUACACAAAAUAAAACAGCCAGGUUAGUGAGAGAGAGAGAGAGGAUAGAUCUCUCUCAAGGCAUUUAAUUGCAGAGAUUUUUUUGCUUUUCUCAAUAUAAGCAAAAACCAAAGUCUAGUUUAUUUGAAUUUGAAGCCAUUAUCUUUUCUUUUUUUUAUUAUUGCUAUCUUUCUUGAUGCUUCUAAGUUUGUCUCAUUGCUUUAUUUUCAUUUGAUCCCAUGCUCUCUUCACUAAAUUCCUUUGUCUUCUGUGUCAACUUUAGAUCCAUCCAUUCAUCAAAACAAACAAAUAAAACUAAACUUCUUUUUCUCCUAUCCCUAUCUUCUUCCUCUUAUCAAAGCCUAAACUAAAAAAGAUAGAAAAAGCGUAGUAUCUUUUUAGUGAGUAAAAAUAUGGGUACUGGUUGGAGAAGAGCCUUUUGUACACGAGAUCCUGAAUCUACCAUAUCAGAUAAUAACAACAACAACAACAACAAUGGAGUCUCAAGCCCAAGUUCAAGCCCAAGCCCAAGAAGCUGUGUUCGAUUGAGUUUUCUUUCUGGAGGUAGUAGUAAUCCUUCAACUCCACGUUUGCAUCAAUCUCAACCAGUUUCAAGUCCAAGCUUGCGUUGUCGUACAAUAACUGAAGCAGCUUCUCAAAUUACAAAUGAUAGUCCCAGAUUUCAUAGCAAAAACAACACUCCAAGAGCAACUAAAUCUCCUAGACCAAAUCAAACAUCAAAUCCUUCUUCUCCUCGCUCUCCUUUGAAGUUAUCCCUCUUCAAAAACAGCUUCAAAUUCAGGAGUAGCUGUGGAAUCUGUUUGAAUAGUGUGAAAACGGGACAGGGAAUGGCGAUAUACACAGCAGAAUGUGCACAUGCUUUUCAUUUCCCGUGUAUAGCAGCACAUGUACGCAACCAUGCUACUCUCGUUUGCCCUGUUUGCAACGCUACAUGGAAAGACGUUCCUCUACUAGCGGCGCACAAGAAUCUCGCAGCUACAAAAUCCAACGAAAUCUCCAAUGCAAGUGACAAAAUUCAAACGGAAAUUCCCUCUCCGGUUUUCAGAACCAAAAGCUUGGAUCAGUCUCAACAACAAAAGCAUUCUGAAUCAAUGAGAUCUUACGACGAUGAUGAACCACUCAUUUCUCCGACUUCCGGUGGUGGAAGGAUUAACACUAUUCCUGAAGCAGAUGAAAAUGCUGAAGAGGAAGAAGACGAUGACAACGUUGAGUUUCAAGGAUUUUUCGUCAACACAAAAUCUUCCUCAACUAACAAAUCCUACUCUGACGAUAAACAAUCCGGUGAUGCAGAUUCAAGAACUGUUCAGGUGAAGCUAAUGCCGGAGUGUGCAGUGGUAUCAAUUUCCAGAACGCACGAAACAUACGCUUUGGUUUUAAAAGUAAAAGCACCACCGCCUCUCCGCGGCGGAAGCAGCACUCUAGAUCCUUCCCGGCGAGCACCGAUAGAUCUCGUUACAGUUCUCGAUGUUGGUGGAAGCAUGAGCAGUGCAAAGCUUCACAUGCUAAAACGCGCGAUGCGUUUGGUUAUUUCAUCUCUUGGUCCAGCUGAUAGGCUUUCUAUCGUUGCUUUUUCUGCUAUUUCCAAACGACUCUUACCGUUAAGAAGAAUGACGGCACAGGGUCAACGUUUGGCUCGGCGUAUCGUUGACCGUCUUGUUACCGGUGAAGGAAACAACAGCGUUAGUGAAGCUUUGAGAAAAGCAACAAGUGUGUUAGAAGAUCGGAGAGAAAGAAACCCGGUUGCAAGUGUCAUGUUAUUAUCCGACGGUCAAGAUGAGAAGGUUAACAACAAUAACAAACAAAAUCAACGAAAGACAUGGAGCCACGCGUCAUCGACCCGGUUCGCGCAUAUUGAAAUUCCGGUUCAUGCGUUUGGGUUUGGUAAUAAAAGCGGUUACAGUCAUGAACCGGGUGAGGAUGCGUUUGCAAAGUGUGUUGGUGGGCUUUUGAGCGUUGUUGUUCAAGACUUAAGAGUUCAAUUGGGCUUUCAAUCUGAUUCGGCCCGGGCCGAAAUUAGUGCUAUCUAUUCAUGCAGUGGAAGGCCCACGCUGUUAAGCUUAGGAGCCGUACGGCUCGGCGAUUUAUACGCCGAAGAAGAAAGAGAACUAUUGGUGGAGAUGAGAGUUCCAGCGUCAGCAUUGGGGAAUGGGACCCACCAUGUGAUGACGGUAAGGUGUCUUUAUAAAGACCCAGCAAGUCAAGAGAUAGUAUACGGUAGAGAACAGGGACUUAUGGUACAACUACCUCAGCAUCAAUCUCAGACCGUACGAUCAUCAUCAGGAAUGAGGAUCGAACGGUUGAGGAAUCUUUUCAUAACUACACGAGCCAUAGCUGAAUCAAGGAGGCUUCUAGAUCAUAACAAUGACUUCACCAGCGCUCAUCAUUUACUAGCUUCAGCUCGUGCGCUUUUGAUUCAAUCUGGCUCAGCUUCAGCUGAACAAUAUGUACGUGGCUUGGAAGCUGAACUUGCAGAGCUACAUUGGAGGAGACAACAAGAACAGGUUCAAGUUGAAGUUCAGCAACAUCAAUUGAUGCAAAGGAGAAGAGGGGGUGAGAAUUUGGUGGAUGAAAAUGGUGAGCCGCUUACACCAACAUCGGCUUGGAGAGCAGCUGAGAAGCUGGCUAAGAUGGCUAUGGUCAAGAAGUCUUUAAAUAAAGUCAGCGACUUACACGGCUUUGAAAAUGCUAGGUUUUAAAUUUUAAUUUCCUUUUUUAUUUUAAUAAAUUUGUUUUCUUUUGUUAAUUUUGGAAUUGAAAAAUAUAUGUAAAGGACUUUAAUUACGUAAUAUUUAGAGGGAAGAAAACAAUUGGGGAUGGGACAAGGUGGUAGCAGACGGCGCGGCCCUUUGUGGAUUAGCAGAAGAUACGAUGGUGGAUUAUGUCAUGGAGUGUAGGACCACCUUAAAAUUGGAGGAUUUCAUUGGUUGGUUGGUUGCUCCAUCAUAUCUUUUUGUCAUCUCUUUUAUACUAUUGUUAUCAAUUUUAAUCAUUCCCUUUUCAAGA